AUGACAACAAUCUUAAUUGAUUAUCAUUAAAUAUUAUAAACAUACAUGUUAUCCUUCUAAAUACAGUAUCAACUUCGAUUUGGUGAUGCAGUAUAUAUUUCAGGUGAUUCUGACUACUUUGGUAAUUGGUCAUUGCAUCUAGCUAAAAGAAUGAAAUGGAAUUAAGUAUCAUAAAACUCUUAAUUAGGGACAUCUUUGGACUGUUGAUAUCCCUAUUCAUGAUUUCCAAUAUAAAUACUUUAUCUCCUCUUUUAAUAAGCCUAAUGAGGUUUAAUGGGAAUUUGGACCUAAUCGUAUUAUGAGAACUACAGAUGAAACACGUAAAUUUAAUUUGAAUCUUAUUAGGAAUUGCUGAUGUAUGGAAUCAUAGAAAAAUCAUUUUUCAGUGCUAUAAUCCUCAAAAAUAUCCAAUGUUUAUUUCAGGAUCAACUUUAAAUCUUGGUUAGAACAUCAAACAAAUUAGUAUGAAAUAAAAAUAAGAUAUAUCUUAUAGAAAAAUACUUGCUAAUGUAAUUGAAGAUAAAGUAAUUCAUUAUCAAUUUCAUAUCAAAUCUCAAAAACAUUAUUCUAGUUCAGUAUAAACUUUAUAUCUUGAUACUUCCCUAUCCCUAUAUAGCAAUUUAGACUUUUCAUACAAGAACUAUAUCAUUGCUUUUUGUACAGGAUUCAAUAAAAGCUUAAUCUAUUAAUUGGAUAAUCAUAUUUCUUACGGUUAUGUUCCAAACAAUCAAACUGAUUUUAAUUUGCUUAAAGAUGCCAAUCUCCAUACCAUUGUUGAAUUCUCCUAUUCUACUGAAUAACCUACUCAUACUGUCAAAUUUGGAGAUUUUAACUAUCUUACUGUUAAUUUCAGUUCCAAUAUGACUUAAAGCUAUAUAUCCAAUCUUUGUUCCUUUAUUCAUCUACUAAUUAAUAAAUACAAUGUAAAUCUGAAAUCAAUUAAUAGGUAAUUUAUGUAUGUAACAAUUCAUUAUCUCAUGUUAGAAAAUAUCUAUAGGUUUACAAAAGUCUAGUAAAUUCUAAAUGA